AUGGAUCUGAGCACUAAGGAAAAGCUUCAGACUGCCAACGCUCUCAAGCGUGCCUCUUCGAACUUGGCAGUUUUUGACUCGAAUGGAAAUGUUUUAAAUGGUACAUAUGUUUGGACCGAUAUGGCUCCUGCGGUCAAGGAGAACCCGGAUAUCAUGUUCGCCAAAUGUCUAGUUCAUCACGGCUCUACUAAGGAUGUCUUAGUUUGUACUCAAGUUGAACCUCCAUAUGACAAGGAUAAGAAGUUUGAAGUUCCCGCCUCCAACGCCUGGAACACCAAUAGUCAGAUUGACCCGAUGACCUACGGCGACAUUGGCAUGCUUCCACAGACCUCGAUUCCCUGCGUGCUCGACUUUUUGAAGCACAGAUUCCACAAGAACCAGAUAUACUCGACUGCGGACCCCUUGGUCGUUUCCAUAAACCCCUUCAAGGACCUCGGAAACGCAGGCCAGAACGUGAUUGACAAGUACAGGGGCGCCAAGAAUUUGAUGGACAUGCCUCCUCACGUGUACUACACGAGCAGGCGCGCCCUUGAGAACCUCCACGACUUCAAGUACUCCCAGACCGUUAUUGUUUCUGGGGAGUCCGGUACCGGAAAGACUCAGUCCGCGAACAUGAUGAUGCGCUACUUCGCCAGUGGCGGCACCCAGAGCGGCCACAUACAGCAGGUGGUCAUGGCCUUCAACCCCGUGCUCGAGUCGUUUGGUAACGCCAAGACCAUAAGGAACAACAACAGCAGCCGUUUCGGACGCUUCAUGCAGCUCGACGUGGCCCCUGAGGGCGGCAUUCGUUACGGCUCCAUCGUGACGUUCCUGCUCGAGAAGUCCAGGAUUGUCACUCAGGACGACGACGAGAGGAGCUACCACAUCUUCUACCAGCUGCUCAGGGGCGCCAGCGAGGAGAUGAGGAGCAAGUUCAAGCUUCUGGGCGUGAGUGACUACAACUACCUCAACAAGAAGUGCACCGAGAUUAACGGGGUCAGCGACGCCAAGGAGUUCGAGCAGAUAAUGGAGAGCUUUGAGAAGAUGAACCUCUCCCAGGACCAGAAGGACACCGUGCUGAGCGUGCUCUCCGGAGUCCUGUUGUUGGGAAACGUGGUCAUUGAGGGCGAGGAGCGCGACGGUCUCGUUGACGCCGCCGUUGUGACGAACACCAACGUGCUCCGCGACGCUUCGGAUCUUCUGUUCCUCGACUACGACCAGCUGGUCUACAACCUGACCACCAAGAGCACCAACGCAGGCGGCUCAGUCAUUGUAAGCCCCAGGAGGAGGGACGACUCGAACGUGCUCAAGAUGAGUCUGAGCAAGGCCGUGUACAACAAGCUGUUCCUCUGGCUCGUGAACACCGUCAACAAGACCAUCGAGCCCCCGCAGCCCUUCAAGCGUUUCAUCGGGCUCCUCGACAUCUUCGGCUUCGAGGUCUUCAAGAACAACUCGCUCGAGCAGCUCUUCAUCAACAUCACCAACGAGAUGCUUCAGACCAACUUCAUCAACAUUGUCUUCAAGAGGGAGUCCCAGCUUUACCGCGAGGAGGGCAUUUCCGCCCCUGAGCUCCAGUACAGCUCCAACGCCGACGUCAUAGAUUUACUCUGCAACAAGGGCAAGUCGAUCCUCUCCGUGCUCGAGGACCAGUGCCUUGCCCCCGGCGGUAACGACCUGAACGUUACCAGCACCUGCAACUCUCAGCUCGGCUCUAACCCCAAGUACCUCAAGGCUAAGCAGGACGGCUACUUUAUGGUUGUCCACACUAUUGGGCCCAUCCAGUACUCUGCCAGCGGCUUCGUCAACAAGAACAAGGACCUUCUGACUGGGGAGCUCGUGACUCUCGUCAACGCCAGUGCCAACCCUCUGGUGAAGCAGCUCUUCGAGGGUGAGGUCAUCAGCACCGGCAAGCUUGCCAAGGGCAUGCUCAUUGGGUCCCAGUUCAUGAGCCAGCUCGAGUCUCUCAUGGCUCUCAUCAACAGCACCGACUCUCACUUCAUCAGGUGCAUUUCUCCCAACGACCGCAUGCUUCCCAUGACCUGGAACUCCGUGCGUGUUCUUCUUCAGCUUCACGCUCUUUCUGUCAUUGAGGCUCUUCAGCUCAGGAAGCUCGGCUUCUCCUACAGGCGUCCCUUCAAGGACUUUGUUGAGCAGUACUAUUACAUAAGUCCCAAAAUCGGCGGGGACAAGACCAUGUCAGACCUCGAUAAGGCGCUCGCUCUCGUCAAGGAGGGUGGUUUGUCAGAGGGCAGCUACGCUGUCGGCAAGACCCGGAUGUUCCUCACUCGCAAGGCUGCCAACGAACUCACCUCUGUGGUUAGGGAGAGACUCGCCAGGUGGGCUCCUCUUGCUGACGUCCUUGAGGCACUCAUGGUCCGCUGGAACAACCAGAAGGAGCUAAAGAAGAGCGUUAAGUCCGUCGUCAGGCUUCAGGCCCACCUCAGAAGACUCAUUGUCGACUCCGGGGUCACUCCGAAGCCCAACCAAAAGGAGCUUGACGUUGCCAAACUAGUAAAAAUAUGA